GAGAGGGAUUUUGAUGACUUGAAUAACUCUUGCUUGUUGUCUCUGUUUCUUUUUCUUCUCAAGCCGGCCAUAAACCAGAACCAAACUCUGUUUCACACACAUCCCCUCUCCGUCUCUCCUUCAAUCUGUACUCUUCUGUAAUCUUCAAUUCUCAGUCAUUAAUUCAAGCACACAACGAUAGACAUUAGUGUUGCGUUUUCCGUAUUACACAAAUUGACGAACACCCGGUAAAAUUCAAUCUUCGGUUGCACUUCACUCGUUAUUUUUCGAUUUUCUGAAGGUGGUCCGAUCUGAAUUUGCGUUUAAAUUCUUGGGUUUGAUUUAGAAUUUCGCUUAGAUUGGUGGGUUUUCGUUGAAGAUUUGGUUUUCUUCUGGGUUGAAUCCAAAUGGUCUGUUUCCAUAGCUCAAUUUCGGUUGACCAACACAUCGUCAUGGCCAAAUCUGUGAACUCAACCGACCCGUGUUCCAAAUUGAGGCAAAUUAAUCAAGUGCACAAGAAUAAGAAGACAUCCAACUCGCCAAAUCAUCUUAGUAUUCCUUCUUGCCGACAAUCUCGAUCGGCUGUGAUCGAUGUGAUAAUCUUCAUCGCUGUUAUUGGUGCUUGUGGGUUUCUAUUAUAUCCAUCUAUGAAGCUUGUGUUGUUCGAAACUGUAGAAAUUGUUGAAGUAAUUGUUUAUGUGGUGAAAGAUGAGAUUUUCCAGGCUCCGAUGAUUUAUGGGUGUUUAGGACUUAGCAUUUUCUGUGCUGUGGUUGCUGUUUUUGCAGUCACAGUGUGUACAACUGGGAAAUGUGGGAAAUCGGGUUGUCGUGGGCUUCAAAAGGCGGCUGAAUUCGAUAUACAAUUGGAGACAGAGGAAUGUGUGAAAAGUAAUCCAAAUACCCUGGCAAGAGAUGGUUUAAAGAAGGGUUUAUUCGAAUUGCCUCGCGAUUACCAUCGAGAAUUGGAAGCUGAGCUUAAGAAGUUGGCACCACCUAAUGGAAGAGCUGUUCUUAUUUUUCGAGCAAGAUGUGGUUGUUCUGUUGGCAGAAUGGAAGUUCCAGGUCCAAAGAAGCUUCGAAAGGUGAAGAAGUAG